AUAUAAAAAAAAAUGAUGAAGUAACACGUUAACAACCCAACAACAUAUCUUCCAAUUCCAUUUUUUGUCUCUCUCAUUCCACAUUCUUUCACUACCUCUACUCGCUCACUUCUUCUCAAACUAUCUAUCUUCAAGCCUUAAUCCAAACUCUAGAAAAUUAUUAUAUGAUCACAAGAAAUCCACGAAACGCUGUCGUAUCGACUCCAAUGGCGAAAUUACUAGCAACUUCAGUGGCAUUAUUACUGGCAAUUGUCAUCGGAGAAUCACGGGAGCUUCGGCCAUCAGAGCAUGGAUUACCGUACCAGAAUCUUCCAGUGAAGUCACCGGACAUGAUGAUGUUCUUCGGCGAACAAGCCUCUCCGCCGGAGAAAAAGCCGCCUUCACCGGAGAUUCUAGAUAAUUCGAACAAAACGGCGUCGUUGGAUACGUGGUGGAGAGAGACGCCACCGGGUAAGAAAAAGGAGAAUAAAGUAAGAAAUGCGUUGUUAAUUGCAACAGUAGUUUGCGGAGGUACAGGUGUCGUUUUGUUAUUGGCUGCUGCGUUUCUGUUUGCGGUUCAUUUUUAUAGGCAAAGAUUGGAAACAUCGUCGGGUUCAACUAUUGUUGUUGCUAAUAAUAAUGUCAAUCAAUCUGCCUCUGUUUCUGGUAAUGAUACUGGUGCAACUGUUCCCAAUAAUAAGUGAGCUACUGAGCUCAGAUUGUGGAGAUUUUAUUUAUUAAUUUAUUUUAUUUCGAAGUUAUUAAUUUUUUGUGAGAGAUGAAUUAUCGUUGUAUUGUAAGAAUUUUGGUUGAUUUGUCAUGGAAUGAGAUGCACAAAGUUGUUAAUUUGAGUGGUAUUGACUCCUGUAGUA